AUGGACGCACUGCGACAGCAUGUAGCGAGUGGGAAACGUGUCUGUGCAAGCACGUUGCAUGCUCUAGCUACGACGCGACGCGCAAUCGGAGGUGCAGUGAACUCAGUAAUAGUUGUGGAUGACUUUGAAGGUGUAUCUCUAGGACGUUCUGGCUCGAAGGGAGAGGAUGAAGUGGGUGGUGCGGGCAGACUUGGCUCAGGAGAGCUACUUAACAAUACAACAGAAUCUACCUCCCAAGUCCUCAUCCCUGAGUACCCCAACAACUGUUUCGCAGGAAGCGAGUCAACUCCAGGCAUAGUAAAGCGUGAGGACAUCGCGAGGACUAUCAUACACGUGAAGUGCAGCGAAGCCGAACGCACGCCCAAUUCAAGUGAGCCGAUUAAACACUUUGGAAGGUUCCGAGAAGUACUAUUAUCGGAGGAUGAAAAUAGGCGCCGCGGUCCGUUGUUAACAGACGCCUUGCCGCGCUCGACGGGGACUGCGACACAAGCGUUGUGCGAAUGA